AUGGAUCCUUUUAACAAUGUUCUUACAGCCAAGGUGUUCGAAGGAUCUUCUACAGACUGUAAUAAAGCCACGAGUAAUAAGGAACAAAAGGGUCAAAGAAACGUUAAGAAGAAGUCAAUUCACACGAAGAGUAGCAAAAGAACCUCCAAUGGAUGCCUCACAUGCAAGUUAAGGAAGAAGCGAUGCGAUGAAGUUAAGCCUGUAUGUGGAGACUGUCUCAGACUUGGAAGAAGAUGUGAAUAUAUAUCGGAUGAUAUGACAGAGGAAGAGAUACAUAAAUUGAGGGAAGAAAUGAGUUUGAUUGAAGCCGAUAGCAAAACAAGGAAGAGGAAAAAAAAAGUAAAAGAAGAAGGACCCAAUCCUCUAAGUGCAACGAAAUAUGAGAACACUAGCAAUGGUACCGAUGAUAUUGGCCUUUGUAGUUCAACAAAGAAACACAUCAAGGCGAAAAGAAAACCUAGAGUGAAAAAGGCUAGAAAUGGAAAAGUGGUUUUCAAUCCAUUUGCGAUGAAUCUUGCCUCAAUUACGCAUUCACCCGUAUUUAACGGCUUACAAUCGUCGGCGUUGCUACCUAAACAUAUAACUAGUUCGCCAUCGUUCACCAACAUAACCGAGUUACCGGAUACAGUCACAAAAUUAAAUUUUAAUGAAUCCAAUAUACUGCUCUCGUCCAAGACAGUUAGCACAUCCAAGGUUGAAAAAUCAUUUGAAGGUUUGAAUACUUUAACUAACGGCAAUGCUGCUUCCGACAUACCCAACAGUACUAACUCUACUGGAAAUAGCAAUAACCCAUAUACCCAUAACGACCAACCAAAAAAUUUGAAUGGAUUAUCUCCUAACUUUCUGGCUAAUAUUGCGGCGGUUACACCAAUACCAGAAAUUCCUACUUUAGAGCAAAACUCACCAGCUCCGCUACUUUCAUUGAAUGAUGAUUUCGAGUUAGGUCUGUCGGAGAUGUUUCCUGCAAAUUUCUCUAAACUAAUACAUGAACAUUUUAAGAAAGAAAUAAACGGAAAAUUAAGCAAUCAACUGGAUACUGAUACAAGCUCAAAGGAAUUAGAUUCACCAACUCCGCUAUCGACGAUUCAGGAUGUUUUAUCAUUUUCUCCAAGGUUUCAACAGAUUGAUGUUCUUGAUGAAGACUUUAACACAGACAAUGGGAAACAUCCACAUAUUAAGAGCAGUUCAAAGGAAAUUUUAGUAGAUCAAAGUAUUGGUUAUUAUCAUGUUGGACACCACAGAUCAACCACUGAACCACCUCAACUCUACACAAACCCUUCAAUCGUGACGAACACUACUCUGGCUAACCUCUCAACUAUGGGUCAGACUUUGUAUCAAUAUUAUCGAGACAAGCUAAGUUUUAUAGUAUGCUCAGCUCCCAAAACAGAGAACAUGUACUUGAAUACCUUUUUGCCAAUGGCGCAUGUUGAUAAAUCUGUUUUGUAUGGGUUAUUAGCAUGGAGUGCGUUUCAUCUCGGGGGCCGAACCAUGGAGAGACAGGGUAAUUACUAUAUUAAACUUGCAAUUGAUGAAUUUUAUAGGCGUCCUAUAAUAGGUCGAGAGGUAGCGGGAAACCUUAAGCUGGUCUACGAUGAGGUUGAUGAAACUGAUGAAACAAUUAUCAAGGAAUGUAUCACUGAUAUUGAUGCUGAAAGUUACCAGGAUUUGCAACUGUCUCAGCUGAGCCGGGAUGACCUGAUUAAUACGAGGUUGGCAGCAUUCUUAAUUCUUUGCGGUGUCGAAAUAUGCAAAGGUGAUGUUUCUAACUGGUCCAAGUUUUUAAUAUAUGGGGCAGAACUAAUUAAAAUGAAAGGUGGGUUAGAAAAGUUUAAUGAAAGUAAAGAUGAACAUUUUUUGGCGACAAACUAUGCUUAUCAUGAUAUUACAGCGAUUCAAGUAGUUGAUGACAGAACAAUACGUUUCGAUAUACAGGAAUAUGAGAAGAUGUGGUUAAAAUCCAAUGAACUAGGAUUUACAGAUCCCCAACACGGUAUUUCAUCACCAGUUUUCAAAAUUCUUGCAGAAGUUAACAAACUAGUCCUUGAUGUGCAAAAGUCAAAUAAAAGGUUAAAGAAGCAGGAUAUACAAAGAAUCGGGAAAGAUGAUAAGACGAAGUACAAAUCAGUGUCAGAAUCACCAGAUGAGCUGCGUCACGGGCUUGACGAGGAAGACUGCUGGGUAUCCGAGACAGGAUCAUCAAUAUCUUCGAAUAUUGAAGAGUACUUCUUAAGCGAACAAUUAUCGACAGUGGAUACUGAAGAUUCUAUGGGUGAAAGAUAUGACCAAAUUCUUUAUAUGGAGGAGCUAAACACAAUAAUGAAGGAAUGCUCAAAUAUUGAGCAGAAAAUUAAUGAAGCUAAGCCAAAAUUAUCACCGUAUCUUACAAAUAAAGAGUUAGAACUGCAGCUAACGAUGUUUGAAUGUUUCCAAGUGACCUCUAAAAUACAUUUAAAGCAAUCAGUUCAACGUAUGAACUCUUCAUCGAUUGAAAUUCAAUAUUUAAAUAGUCAAUUAAUCAAACUAUUGGAUGUUUUGUUAGGUUCUGAAGUUGAAGCUUGUCUUUGUUUACCUAUGUUUAUUGCUGGGAUGAAUGUUGUUACACAGAGCGAUAGGAUCGGCAUGAUUAGGCGGUUUGACUCUUUCAUCAAUAGGUAUAAAUGGAAGAAUGUUACUCGCUGUAAAAUUGUUAUUAGGUAUAUUUGGAAGUUAAAUAACAAUGGUGAUAGGUUUAUUGAUUGGUAUUCGGUCGUGAAAAGACUUGGAUGGGAUUUGAGUUUUGCGUGA